CUUCAGGUCCGUCUGCCUCCGAAAACCGUGCAGACUCAAGCCGAGCCGAGCCCCAGAGCCAACGGCGCCGCCGCCAGAUCAGGUUCAAAUUUUAUAAAAGAAGAUCCUCGGCACCUUGGGAGGUUAGUUUGGCAAAGAAAGUGGCAACGUUAUCAUCACGAGCGGUGGACAACCCGGAUGACUACAACUUCGUUACCGACCACCGUUUCUCCGGGCAUAAAAACAAGGGGAGCCUGUUUGAUCGGAUCAGUGACCAAUCGGUUCGAGAAAAGUGCGCGCGAAAUCUAGUUUUUAAUUCGGAUGUUUUGCACCAAUAAGUGAAAGAAUCAUAAAGAAAAGUAGGAAUAAUUAAGGCAAAUUGAGAGCAAACGGGAUAAAAAUGAAACGUAGUGUUAUAAAACCGUGUGUAAAAGGCAGUUAAAUAUGAAAUAAUUGAAUUAUUGGCGUCAAUAACUGCAACAAGCGCCAAGUGGAACGAAAAAAGCGAAGAGAAAUGGUGUGAACCACCAUCUGAACUUGAACCGCGUAAUAGGAUAACUACGCAGCCGUAAAUAAUUGAACCGCAAACACCUGAAAUCACGCAUAGUUUAGAAACCCAUCACAGUUGGAGCAGCCAUGGAUUAUCGACAGCUGACUCUCGCGCUGUUUUGUAUAUGCUCCGCUGUAGCACUGGAAAUUUCGAACCACAAUGCAUUAGAGGGCUCCAAUCCCGAUGUCACCAACACUGCAAGACCACUGCUAGAUGACCACAAUUUGCCAACACUACAUCGACAGAAACGCCACGAAAUUGAGAUACAUAGAGUUAUCAAACGCCGCCCAAAACUUCCUCCUUUGCCUCCUCGCAGCCGCAAACCACGCCCACCUAGAAGACCUCCAAAGCCGAAAGUGAAGUAUGGACCACCGAAUGUCAACUAUCCACCGCUAUCGCACUACAGUCCCCAGAGCUACGACGAAUCGUUUAGUACUAGUUAUGAAACGUCCUUUUCCGAUCACAAUACGUUUGGUGAGCCACCGGUAAGCUAUGGAGGCCCAAUUCAACCAUCACCAGCAUUUGGGUCACCGCCAUUCGCCUAUGGCCAAGGUAGUACUUCAUACCAAGGGUCGUCCUUCGGAAGACCAAGCUUUGAGAGUACAAGUUUCGAAGGAUUUGGCAAACCCUCGCUUGGUUCGUCCAACUUGGAUGCGUUUGACCCCUCCAAAUUCCCAGGACUAAUAGACAGGCCCUCACAAUUCUAUUCGGGUAGUAAGUUUGGUGGACAUUCUUCGUCUUCCUCGUAUACUAAUAGCAAACCACCAUCCUUCCAUUCCUCAUCAUCGUUCUUCGGAGAUGGCCCCAGUUUUAACUCUGACAAGGAUCUUGCUAGCCACACACGAUUAACCGAAGUUGAAACUCCCAAGCAUCAAUUUCCACUGGAAGGAUUCAAGCAAAACCCAUUCAGAACACCCUUAACCUCAUAUGAAGUUCCAAUAUCGCAUUCUAAAUCAAAUUUGUUCGAACCCACAAAAGAUUACGAUACAUCGUCAUAUAAAAAAAAUCCCAAUACUUAUUCAAUCAGUAGUAUAUCCUCAACACACAGUUCAUCGCCUAGUUCAACUGAUGACGACGAUGAUGAAUACUAUCCGAGCCUACCGAAUCGCUAUGAGCAAGAUCAGUUCCACACUCCUUCAAAACCAAAUCCAAACAAGCCCUUAGGCAGCACAGUACAAACAAUCAACGAUAACGAUCCAUUUUCCGCGCUGAAUUCUUUCUACGAUGGUGUAUCCGAGUCCCAAAAGGUUUCCGUCAAAACCAAAACCAAACACGUAGAGCCAACGGAGGAUAGCUUUUCCCUCGAAGACUUGUACUCCCCGACGCCGGUAUCUAACAAACGGAACAAGUUACGCAGGAAAAAGAAACCAAACCCAAUAUCAGCUCCAACGACACACAAUCUGGACACUGACGAUCUGCGCGAUGCGUAUGGUUCAAGUUCUGACUUCCACCAGGUUGCGAUCGACGCCGAUGAGUUCCUCGAAUUUGAACCUCAAAAACAAAUGAAGCAUUCCAGACCAGUUGGAGUCACGAAGACUCGAAAUGAGGAAAAGGCUCCAUCCAAUUUUGUCCUUCUUUCAGCGCAGAACGAGAAGAAUCCAAACUUCAAAAAACCAUCAAACAAUCCAAGUUAUUCUCGAAAAACGCCUUCCCAGCUAUUUGCAGAGUACAAACCGAUCGAUGUAGAUCUGUUCAAGUCGGUGGAAGCUAACAGAAAACCAACUGCGGAGAAGACGACAGGAUUAGAAGACGUAAAUAUCCUUUCCAUACAGAAAUCUAACUCAAAAUCGUACUACGCAGGAAACAAUGAGAAAGAACCGCACCUGUACAGUGGAUUCCUCCCGACUAGACGAAACGGAGCAUACUAUCGGGUAGCAAAUUUGGACUACGAAACGUUGGAUAACGAUGACGAGGGUUUCGAUGAUAUCGCUGAUGCAGCAACUUUCGGCGGCAGAUUACGAAACGCUAGGGUUAAAAAAGAUUUAGCUGUCACGAGAAGGGCCUGAAGUGGACAGUUCAGGCCACGUGAGCCCUUGAUUUGAUCGCAAAAUGAGAGGGUUUCUCGACAGUUUCAGCAGUAUUGUCCUGUUCAAAGAUUUCAUAGGUAGGAUUGAGUUAAUAUUUAUUGUUGUUCAAUAAACAUAUGUUUCGAUAAAUAUGAUUAGACAAGUGCAUUAUUAUUCCGACUUGCCAUGUUAUUUGAAGCUCCGUUUCUCCUAGAGGAAAAUCCAAUACUACUCGUGUUGAUAAACGUUCAUUGGAAGAAUUGGUAGCAUAUGCAGGAGCCCAAAGUGGUAAGUGACUAUAUAAGGUGAUUUAUGUUCGCUAUUUGUAAAAUCCGCACAGAUCGCAAACAUUUUUUUUCUCAAUCCUGAUCCAUCUCAACAAGGAAUUGAAGUUAAAAUUGUCACUUAUAUAUUUCUAAUAAAGCGAAUUUACAUCAUGCGGUUUACGCAGUGUAUUCCGUGUUUUUUGUAAUUAGCGUCUUUUAAUAGAUAUUGGUUAGGUUUUUUGUUGUUGUAAGGCAUGGUACACAAAUUACGUACCGCUUAAAAUCGAUAUUGUUGGUACCCCGGUUGUAACAAUAAGUAACGUUUCGCCGAAGGAGGGGCUCUAAUUACGUAAAGAUUAGUCAAGACUGCACCCCUCCUCUCCUCUUUUUUCCCAAAUUUAUUAAAAAAGCAGGUUUCACGGAGAAAUUUUUUUUUUUUUAUUUUUAACAAAGUACCUCCUUUCCUCGUUUAGCAAACACUUUUUUUUUUGUUUUUUCCAUCGUAGGUAUUUGUUACGUAACGGUAACCAGAAUCCCCCCUCCCCGUAGUGUUACAAUAAAUAACGGAAGCUUAGCUCCCCUCUACCCCUUAAUGCGUUACGUAAUUGUGUACGAUACCUAAUACCUUCAUACGCCACGUUUUAUGAUCGAGAUGAUUAAAGCAUCAGAACAGGUAUACGAAUGAUUUAUUGACUCAAUUAUAAAUGCAACGCUUACUACGCUAUAAUCCCACCUUAAGCGGGUAUUUGUAUAACACCAAAUAACUUUCGAUUUUGGUCUUGGUAACGCAUUUGUGAGGAUGUCAGCCGCUUGAAAAUUGAAAGCCACAUUUUCCAGCUUGAUCGCAUUCGCCUCUACUUGUUCACGAACGAAAUAAUGCCUCACAUCGAUGUGUUUCGUUCUUGCUGAGUAGCCCAUUUCCUUUUCAGCCAGACAGAUUGAGCUUUAACCCGUACACACUUAAACAGACUCUAUGAGUUCGGUAAAUGAAAAAAAGAUCGGUGAUCAAAAAAAUUACAGACGUUUCGGUAUAUUCCGGCUUGUUUACUGAAAUCUGCGAAAAAAAUUACGGAAUUUCGGUGAAUUGAUUCAAGAUAAACGAUAUCGGUGAAAAUAUUUACCGAUAAAUCGUUUAACAAGCUCAAGUGCUGACUUCGGUGAAAUAUUUUGCUGAACUGUCGGUAAUGAAUACCGUAGUCGGUAACUUUGAACAAGAAACGUCAAAUCCGCCAUAAUGGUAUUUUAAAUCGGCUCUUGUACAUAAGCCGCGAUCUAAUAUGUAGACUCGUUCCAUUCCGUUUGUUUUUGGGAAAUGUUCUUCAAUCUCUGCUUGGAAGAAGUGAUUCGGAGGUGACUUUACAGGUUAGUUAUUUAUUAGUUUUUUGGCUCACAUCUGAGCAUGAUCUGUAAAGGAUCUGUACAAAUAUACUUGUUGUUAUAGGAUGUAAAGGAGCACGACAAAUAUGAACCCUUCAAUGAUGCACCUGGAGUCAGCAGCAUUCCGUAAUGGCACAGAGAAUUUCGAGAGAGGGAACUUGCCCCACCAAUUGGAAGAAUUGUGCCAUAAAGGAGAUUAUGUGUGCCAUGUAAAUAAAUGCUUGUUUUAAAAAUAAGCGUAUGUAUUGACUCAUGACGGAUAAAUUAUCUGCAAUUUCGCUUCCUCAAUCCAAAAUAACCGAUGAUUCGGUAAAUAACAUUACAGGGUAGAAGCGGAACUUCGGUAACCACUACCGAUCUACCGGUAAUUUUGACAGAUGAUCCGUCGGGUUCAAAUUACAGUCCUUUCGGUAAUUUUUUCGUUUACCGAACGGAUUACCGACCGUUCAGCUGUUGAGAUUUCGGUAAACGAACUACCGACGUCGGUGAUUUUUUCUAACUGUGUAUAGGCCUGAGUGAAAGCAAAAGUUCUAAAACCCUCACCGCUCAGCGAAUUCCUCAUGGAUUCAAAUGAUUUUUUGUCAGUGUACUGGCACACAUAUCUAGUUUCUAGAAGUGGACAGUGGAACGAGGAAAUAUUCAUGU